AUGUUAAUUUCUUUGAUUAAGAACGUGAAGUUACUCUAUGACGCAUGUAUUCCAUACUGGACCACCUCAGCUUUCAUUGAAUUGGAAUUCAGUAAGAUCAACAAAGACAAUCGCCUAAUGUUAGAUGAUAUGCACACUAUGGGCCGUAACUCUUACGCAAUUUUACGCCAUAAGUUGGAUCCUGAUAAGCAAGAACCUUCUCAAGCAAGGGUCUAUAAGGAGUCAAGAAAGAGAACGGUGGGAAGGAAAUACCUUACCAACCAUGAAAAAAUAGAAGAGAAUAUUGCUAAAAUGGAUGCUUUGGAGUCUUCCCAACAUGAAGAUGGUAGUAACUCUAAGGACCCUUACUCCGAAGUGAUUCCAGAUCCUAAGCGCAAAAGCCGUGUACGCCUACAAGGAAAAGGUGUAAAAAAGUCAGAUUUGAAGAAAAAAGAUAAAAAGUCAGAUUUCGUAUUCCCGACAGGAUUUUUAGAAAGUAUGCAAUCUCAAUUAGUACAACAACUUGCACCAAGCAUAACAACUGCAAUUUUGACUCAACUUCGGGAUGCUAACCCUCGGAUCAAUUUUGUCUUUCCUGAUUUUGCAAUUCCAUCGGCUCCAAAGGAUGCAUCUAGUGCGCCACAUCUUCUUGUUUGA